AUGUUACCUUUAAAUUCGGCCAAGCGAACUUGUCUAUCUGAAUCACCAUAUUCCUCUAACUUCGCAACCAUUCCCAACAUUAAUAACAUUGAUAUAAUACAACAACAGCAACUUAUAUCAAAACAAUUUUAUCAACAGCAUCGUCAUCGUUUAUUAUCAGAUUUGGAUAUUAUUCCUCCCGUAAAUGAUCCAAAUGAUGAUGAUAACCUUCGUCAUAAACAACCACAAUUACAAUUAAAUUCAUCAAUGUCGACAUCAAGUCCUCAACAAGAACAACAAAUCUUUACUAAAAGUGAUAUUCAUAGAAUCGAAAAAAAUAUUGAUUUAAUUCUUGAAAAUGUUUUAACACAACAAUCAAAAGAUCCACAACCUUAUUCACCAUCACCUUCUUCAGAUAAUUCAAUCAUUCUUGAUUUUCCGAUUUUAACAAGUCCAAAAAUCGAAGAAAAACAUAUCAAAUCACCUUUAUCCACGCUAUUGAAUCGUACUUUUCCUAAUGACGUCGUAGAAUUAGUAGAUAAAUUAAGCAAAUUGCCUAGAAAUAAUUCCAAUUUGGAUAUUAACGAUCCAAUCAACAAUAAUUUUCUUCCAAAUUGCUAUUUCACAAAAUUAAAUCCAAUAAUACCAAUUCUUGAUCAAAGAAAAUUCACUGAUAUUUGGCUGAGAAAAGACAAACCCGUCCACUCCAAACUAUUGAUCUAUUCAACUUUGGCUUUUGCUGCUUCGAAAUUAUCUAACGACCCAUCAAUUCAAAAAACCGAAAACAAACCUGGCGAAACUAUUCAAUCUUUGUUGCUUCUAGCAAGUUCCGAAAGGGCUAUUUCAAGAUUUAAUAGCGCUUUAAUGUUUUCUAAUAUGGCCGAUAAUUCAUUGACACCAGGGGAAGAGGAAGAAAGGCAUAGAAUCUUUUAUUGCGUCUACAUUCACGAUAGAUGGACUUCAUUCGUUCUGGGAAAACCAUACAAACUCAAAAACAUGGACAUCAACAUACCACUGCCAACAUUACCAAAUUUCGAUCGGCCAACUAAAAAUUUUUUUGUUGCAUUCAUAAAACUAUCACAUAUCAUUGGUCAGAUUUGGAAACUUUGCUAUUCCACUAAAUCAGAAGUCAAUUAUGAAAAUUGGCAUAAUCACGUGAUGGAUCCAAAAAGCUCAUUGAGGCAAAUUAGAUCUUCAUUGGCAAAAUGGUUGAAAGAGUUGCCUGAUGAAUUGCAGUACCAGUAUCUGCCAAAUGAGGAUCCAAGAAGUUUGUUCCAAAUGACCACUUUCUCAGUAUUUGCUGGUUAUAUUAACAUUCAUUUUCAUGCUUGUAUUUUAUUAUUACAUCAACCUUAUCUUACAAGAUCAUCAUUGACAACGAUAGCAACCAAACAACAGAUGCAUGAGCAUCAUGCGUCUAAGACUUCCAAUAAAUAUGAUCCAUCAUCAUUAACUCAAACAAACGUUGAUCUAAUUAAAACUUGUUUGACAGCUGCAACAACUAUUACUGACAUAGCUAAAAAAACAAGAAAUCAUGAUAAAACAGCAUUUCAUUAUUUCGUGUUGCCAUUUCCAUUCCUCUUGCAGUCGAUUUUAACUGAAGUGGUUAUAAUUACUAGCAGAGAAAAGGAUGACCCAUCAUCUGGCGAAGCAGCAAAAGCGUUGAUUGAUACAUUUGAGGAGUUUAAAUUGAUAGCAGAAAUUUGCAGUUUGGGUUGUGCUGAUGAGAUGAAGAAACUUAUUGAGGAGGUGGAAAGAAUUUUGGUAUUCACUAAUGUAAGUAAUAGUAGAAAUGGCGAAUUACCCAUUCCGCUUCCAUUCCUGAAUCAACUUUUGACGUUCCAUUCUCAACAUAAUGAUGCUAAAAAUAGCGGUCUCACAAUAACGGAAGCAAGUCUAAACCCAAAUCCAAAUGACAAUAAUAAUAAUAAUUUAUGUGUAACAAGUCUUGGUAGUGAUGUGGAAGAUCCAUCGCCCAAAUUUGUUGCUUUAUCGUCUUCCUUAUUAUCAUCAGCUGUCAACAAUAGUAAGGAUUUAUUUACUAUGACUUCAACUCCACCACUAUCACUAAUUGCAUCAGCACUAUUUACACCGAAUAAUCUAACAACUAAUAAUAACAAUAACUUUUCACAAAAUAUACCAUUUCCAACCUUCUAUUUUGAAUCUGAAUCAUUAGUUCCAAUAUUAAGCACAAUAUGA